AUGAGUGGGAUCAAUAUGGCCCUGGACCUGCCCAAGUGGGUGUGGGAGACCUAUAAGGGGGCGCCUCCAGGCCAGCCGGGCUGUGGUUGUGGCGGUGGUCAGCAGGGCACAUCCCGGGGGACUUCCUCGUACCUUUUUCCGUUGCGCGGCACCACCCCGGGCGUCGUGAAUGUCUUCGAUCGGGUGUUGAAGAGGAAACAGAAGAACUGGGCGGCCCAGCAGUUAGAGCACCACAAAUAUGACUACCUGAAGAAAGAGGUUGGUGGUCGUGUUGCUGACCGUGUAUAUGAUAUAGCCAGAGAUUUUCCCCUUGCUUUGGAUGUUGGCUCUGGAAGAGGUUAUAUAGCACAUCAUUUAAAUAAGGAAGUUGUUGGAAAAUUUUUCCAAGCAGACAUUGCAGAAAAUGCUUUGAAAAACACCUUAGAAACAGAAAUACCUACUGUCCGUCUGUUAGCUGAUGAAGAAUUUCUUCCCUUCAAAGAAAAUACAUUUGAUCUGGUUGUUAGCAGUUUAAGUUUGCAUUGGGUGAAUGACCUUCCUAGAGCAUUUAAACAGAUUCAUUAUGUUUUAAAACCAGAUGGAGUUUUUAUUGGCGCAAUGUUUGGAGGGGAUACACUCUUUGAGCCUCGAUGUUCUUUACAAUUAGCAGAACUGGAAAGAGAAGGAGGAUUUUCUCCACACAUUUCUUCUUUCACUGCUGUCAGUGAUCUGGGCCAUCUGCUGGGAAGAGCUGGUUUUAACACACUGACUGUGGAUACUGAUGAAAUUCAAGUUAACUUUCCAGGAAUGUUUGAGGUGAUGGAAGAUUUACAAGGUAUGGGAGAGAGUAAUUGUUCUUGGAAUAGAAAACCUUUGCUUCAUAGAGAAACAAUGUUGGCAGCUGCAGCAAUAUAUCAAGAAAUGUAUGGAAAUGAGGAUGGCUCAGUACCUGCAACUUUUCAAAUCUAUUACAUGAUUGGAUGGAAAUAUCAUGAUUCACAGGCAAGACCUGCUCAGAGAGGUUCAGCAACAGUAUCAUUUGGAGACUUGGGGAAAAUAAAUACUCUUAUGUCACAUGGGAAGAAAUAGCUUUUGAUCCAACAAUAAAUAUUCAGUGUUGAUAUAA